UUAAACCAAUAUUAUUUACUUUAGCAGUGUAGAUUAAUCUACGUUCCUAUAAAUAAAAUGAAGAGACUUUCAAGAAAAUUUCGACGCAAGUCUAGCAACAAAGAUGAAUCAAAUAGAAAGUCAAAUGCUGGAAGCAAUAUGUACUGUGAUACUUCUGGCCGACAGCAAGUGCAAUAUUCACAUGACCCUGAAUUAUCUCGCUCAAAACCUGAUGCUGGACUUGAUAUAUUACAAGCAUACACGAGACCGCCAUCAACAACUUCAAAUGGUGAGAUAGACAAGUUAUAUGAUGAAUGUCAAUCUGAGACCACCGCUACUGAAGGCCAGAGUGCUAAUGUGAAUACCUCAUCAAAUCAUGUAUAUUCCAGUCUAAAUGAUGAAGAUAGUAAUGCUAUAUCCCUGACAAGAGAUGUUCCCUUGCCACCUAGACCAGAGGAAGUGAUAGAAGCAAACAACGGCCUGAAUUAUUCUAAUCCUUUCAUAAAUGAAUUCAAGAAGUUAGCAAAACAAGGCUGGUACUGGGGUCCUUUGACACGGGAACAAGCGGAGAGAAGAUUAUGUAAUGCACCUGAUGCUUCAUUUCUUGUUCGUGAUAGUUCAGAUGACCGGUAUCUGCUUUCUCUCAGCUUUCGAUCUAAUAACAGGACUCUGCAUACCAGAAUUGAGCAUUCUGGAAUGAGGUUUAGUUUUUACGAGGAUCAUGUACCCAAUUCUUAUACAUCUGUGGUUGAACUUAUUGAGAAGUCUAUAAAGGAUUCUGAAGAGCAGGGAGUGUUUUGUUACUCUCGUUCUCGUCAACCUUUUUCGACAUCUUUCCCUGUACGUCUUAUGCAUCCUGUGUCAAGAUUUACUGAAGUUCGUUCAUUACAAGAUUUGUGUCGUUUUGUAAUUCGUCAGAAUACUCGUGUUGAUCAUAUUCAUAAUUUACCAGUUCCAAGGCAGUUGAAAAAGUUCCUUGAUCAGCGCUAUUUUUAAAUAUUAGUCGAUCGCUACUCUACCUUAUUAAAUCAUUUUACUUGCAGUUCAAAUUGCUGCCAAUUAUUUUCAAAAACCUGUUUUUUUUGGUGCAGAAACUAUAUAUUUUGAAUCAUUGCUAAAAAUCAGAUGCUGCCAAAAUUGAAGAAUAUUUAAAAAAAUCAUUUUGAUAUUUAGGUAAUAAAAAGUUAUAAUUUCUAUUUAAAAAAGGAAUGUA